AUGUCUUCUUGCGGCGGCCGCCGCGGCCUGAAGCUCUGCCUCAUCGUCGCCGGCAUCCUCCUCGUCGUCCUCCUCGUCACCUUCCUCGUCCUCUUCCUCGUCGCCCUCAAGCCCAAACAGCCCAAAAUCACCACCAAAUCCGUCACCCUCGACCGCAUCCACUCCUCCAUCUUCCCUAAACCUUUCCUCAACCUCACCCUCGGCCUCGUCGUCGAGGUCGAGAACCCGAACUACGGCAGCUUCCGCUACGACGACAGCAGCGCCUACCUCGUCUACCGCGGCGGCCUGGUCGGGGUCUCGCCGAUCCCGGCCGGUUACCAGAAGGCCCGGUCGACCCAGACGAUCCGGUCCAACGUCACCCUCAUGGCCGGUGGGUUGCUCAAGGAUCUGGAAUUUUACGGGGAUUUGGUGAAGGGGGUUCUGAAUUUCACUUCGACGUCGUCGUUGCACGGCAGGGCGUCGGUGUUUAAGGUGCUGAAGGUGGAGGUUACGAGCAACUGCACGUGCGAGAUUUCGGUUCGUAUCGCCGGUCAGAAGGUGGACUCCAGUUGUAAGACCGUCGUCCGGCACUAG